CCUCGAACAAUAAAUAUGACGAAUAAUCAGAGCAACAUCAGAGUCACGCACACGACGUAAAUCUGAAUUGCAAAUUUGAAAAGAUAAACAAAAAUACAACAUUUUAAAACAAAUUUUACAACGCGUUAUAUGCUGUACAAUCUUGACUUGAAAAUUUAGGAGCUGAACAACUUCUAAAGUCAAAAUAUUCGCGACUUUGUUAAAAAAAAAAGAAAAAAAAAUGAAAGUAGUUUACGUAGCACUGUGCGUGUACGCAUAUUCGAGCGUAGCGAUCACAAUCACGCAUGUUGAUAAUCCGUAUAUGUGGAAGAUCUCUGAGGAUAUUGAAACGAGUCAACGUUCCAAAGAAACCGACGACGAACCAGUUGGAAUAAGUUUCCAAAAGAAAUUAAUCCCCAUAAGAGAACCACGAAUUGGCAAAAAUUUCCAAACACUUCGAAUGCCUCUGGAACCGGACGCAGAAAUCUUACCGGCCCACUACACGGGCAUCAAGCCUCCCGGAGUCGAUCACAUGGAACUGAGACACGCAGACACCCGAAUCGUUCCCAAAAUCGAGUCUCUGAAAACCUUUGAACAAGCUGAAACUCAACGACCGUCAGAGCACCAAGAAUCUGACAGUUUGACUGGCGAGAAAUCCCAGAAAGAUGACACUCUGAGGAAGACAACGAAGACGCAACGUGAGGAAACUGGUGGAGAGAAGAAACCUCACGAAGGGAGGAAGAACGAGUCAAACAAACAGACAGAACAGAUUGGAAGUAAAGAAGGAAAUAAUAACAAGGAGAAAGAUCGCGGCCAGGUGGACCGUAAGGUGGCUGGUUAUCGCAACAUUUAUCACAAAGACGAGUACAAGAAGGACCACGAUUUUUAUGACAACGACGAUCACGGCGGUCACUCGAAGAAACAUGGAAAUUACAGGGAGAAGUAUGUCGCCAGCGAAGGGGCGUUCAAUAAGGGUAGCGCUCGCGAUUCCGGUUUCGACGAGGCAGAACUCCGCGAGCAGGGAAUAUCGGGCGAAUCCCGAGCUGGUGAGGAAACCAAGGCUCACGAGACCCGGAAUGGCCGCGAUGGAUUCUUUAAAAACUUCCACGGGUUUCGCGAAGCGGGUAGCCAGAAACGACGGUAAAAGGUUUGGCUUCGGCCAACGUAGACGAAAGCGCGCUAACUUUUAUAUACUUUCCGCGUGUGCGUUUCACGGACGUAUGAAACUAUCAUGUUUGUGCAAAGAGAAUGUGUACGUGCGCAGGGAGAACGUAUCUGUUCAAAUAAAUUUCAGAUUUCCUUUCAGUUAAUCGAGGGCAAGGAGACUUUGCUCGUACGUUGAAGCUUUUACGAAAAGCAAC